GUGAAACAUGAGAUCACGGGUUCCUCUGCAGAUCCUGCUGUAUGCCACAGUCAUCAGAAGUCUGAAAGUGGUGUCCAAGCGCGGCUCAGUGGACGGCUGUACGGAUUGGUCUGUGGACUACCUGAAAUACAAAGUUCUGCUCGGGGAGCCUGUGAGGAUUAAAUGCGCUUUAUUUUAUGGAUACAUUCGUGCGAACUACACACAUGCUCAGAGUGCCGGACUCAAUCUGAUGUGGUACAAAAGCACCGGCCAUGGAGACUUCGAGGAACCCAUUUCAUUUGACGGGAGCCGGAUGAGUAAAGAGGAGGACUCCAUCUGGUUCAGACCGGCCGAGUUACAGGACACUGGACAUUACUCAUGCGUGUUGAGGAACUCCACAUACUGUAUGAAAGUGUCGAUGUCGCUCACGGUGGCUGAGAACAACACGGGUCUCUGCUACAACUCCAAGAUGAGGUACUUUGAGAAGGCCGAGCUGAGUAAGAGCAAAGACAUCCUCUGUCCUGACAUCGAUGACUACAUACAGACCGGAAAAGAGCCAGAGAUUACAUGGUACAAGGAAUGCCGGCCGAAACAGUGGAGACAGAGCAUCGUCAGGAAGGUGGAUGGGCUCGCCAUCAAAGACGUGCGGGAAGACGACAUCGGGAAUUACACCUGCGAAUUACAGUUUGGGAGUUUUGUGGUGAGGAGGACCACUGAGCUGUCCGUCACAGCACCGCUGACUGACAAGCCUCCCAAGAUCCUCUAUCCAUCUGAAAAUAAGAUGAGCGUCAUGGAGAUGCAGCUGGGGAGCCCAGUGAACCUGACCUGCCAAGCGUUCUUUGGAUACAGCGGGGACGCGAGUCCUCUCAUCUACUGGAUGAAGGGAGAGAAGUUCAUUGAGGAUCUGGACGAAAGCCGAAUCAGAGAAAGUGAAAUUAAAAUUAUUCGGGAGCACUUAGGAGAGCAGGAGGUGUCCAUCUCGCUUACCAUAGAUGCCGUGGAGGACAGUGACCUGGGAAACUACUCCUGUUAUGUGGAGAAUGGCCAUGGCAGAAGACAAGCCAACAUCCAGCUCAGCAAGAGGGCAGAACUCAUGUAUACGGUGGAGCUGGCUGGAGGUUUGGGAGCCAUUCUGCUGAUGUUGAUAUUUUUGGUGUCCCUGUAUAAGUGUUACAGAAUUGAACUCAUGCUCUUCUACAGAAAUCAUUUUGGCAGUGAGGAUGUGGAUGGAGAAAAUAAAGACUAUGACGCAUACGUGUCCUACACUAAAGUGGAUCCAGACCAGUGGAGUCAAGAAACUAGACAGGAGGAACGUUUUGCAUUGGAGAUUCUGCCAGACGUUCUGGAAAAGCAUUAUGGGUAUAAACUCUUCAUUCCUGACAGGGACUUGAUCCCAACUGGAAGUUUCAGCAAUGAUCAUUUCCAGGAUAACACAAGACUCCUUAGAGCCUACAUCGAGGAUGUGGCUCGCUGCGUCGACCAGAGCAAACGUCUCAUCAUCGUCAUGACGCCCAACUACGUGGUGAGGCGCGGCUGGAGCAUCUUCGAGCUGGAGACACGGCUGCGCAACAUGCUGGUCACCGGCGAGAUCAAAGUCAUCCUCAUCGAAUGCGCCGAGCUGCGGGGAAUUAUGAACUACCAGGAAGUGGAGGCUCUCAAACAGACCAUCAAACUGCUGACGGUCAUCAAGUGGCCGGGACCCGAGAGCAGCAAGCUCAACUCCAAGUUCUGGAAGCAGCUGCAGUAUGAAAUGCCCUUUAAGCGGCCUGAGCCGAAGCUGUCGCAUGAGCAAGUGCUGGAUGUCAGCGAGCAGGGCCCGUUCGGAGAGCUGCAGACCGUCUCUGCCAUCUCCAUGGCUGCAGCCACCUCCACCGCCAUGGCCACCGCGCAUCCCGAGCUGCGCUCCACGUUCCACAACACUUACCACACGCAGCUUCGGCAGAAGCACUACUACAGGAGCUACGAGUAUGACAUUCCCUCGUCUGGGACCCUCCCGCCACUGUCUUCGCUGGGCAACCAGCACACCUACUGCAACAUCCCCAUGACUCUGCUGAAUGGCCAGCGAGCGCAGGGGAAGCCAGGCCGCGAGCAGCAGCAGUCCCUGGAGGAGCAGCACGUCAACAACACCAUGCUGCCACUGCUGCCCCGUGAGACCAGCAUUUCCAGCGUGAUCUGGUGAUGGCGUUGGGAAUGGACGUUUCUGUGAAUGGCACUUAUUAAGACCCUUAAAAACUGCUGCUGUUGACUUUGCACCGUGAUUCACAGGGGUUCGAAACUGAAGGCAUGUGAUGAAGACAGGCCAACGGGGAGGUUCAUUCUAUCACAAACAGCUUAUUCAUACUCAAGGAAUACAGGGUCUUGUAUAUAUAUUUGCAGUUUCUUUGUAGCAUUGGAAUUUUUUCAGUUUUGAUCUUCUGAUUUCUUUUUCAAAUGUCUGAUUUGUCCUUUUCCCCUUAUGAAAUGAGCAGAGACACGUGA